AUGCGCAAAGAGUAUGAAGGCGUCCCGCUCCAUACAAACGCCCAGGGUUACCAUGUCCCAGACAUUACCUACCGGGCACCCGAGAAUCGCAGGGUCAAAGUCAUCACCAUCGGCGCCGGCUUUGCGGGCAUCCUGAUCGCGUACAAGUUUCAGAAAGAGCUCCAGAAUGUGGAACUGGUCAUUUACGAAAAGAAUGGCGACAUCGGGGGGACGUGGCUGGAGAAUCGAUAUCCGAACUGUGCUUGCGAUGUUCCCAGCCAUUCUUACACCUUUAAUUUUGCUCUGAAUCCCUGGUGGCCCGAACUGUAUGCCAAGAGUGAACAUAUCUGGAAAUACCUCGAUCGGAUCUGCCGGGCCUUUGACCUCCGCAAAUACAUGCACUUCAACACCCGCGUCGUCGAGGCCGUGUGGGAUCACGAGGCUGGGAAAUGGAAUGUCAAGAUCGAAAAGUCGUUUAUCGACGGCUCGACAAAGAUCAUCGAAGAUCAAUGUGACGUCCUGCUGCAAGCAUCGGGUCUGUUGAAUAAUCCCGUCGUCCCCAAUAUCGAGGGGAUGGAGACUUUCAAGGGCAGAAAGGUCCACACGGCGCAGUGGCCGGAUGAUUAUAAUGAGGAUGCAUGGAAAGGCCAGACAGUCGCCGUCAUCGGUGCGGGCUCCUCAAGUGUCCAGACGACACCAGGUCUUCAACCGCACGUCAAGAAACUCCAUCUCUACGCCAAAUCCCGCACAUGGCUCGCGUCCGCACAGCCCGACAACCCGGUGAUCAGCAAGGAAGAGCAGCUCGAGUUUGCCACGGACAUGAACAAGUUGCUCAAGCAGGCUCGCAGCUACGAAGUCGCGGUCAACCAGAUCUGGGGCGCCAUGUUCAAGAACGCACCGCAGCAGGUGACGCUGCGCGAGCGAGCCCUGAAGAAGAUGCAAGACCACCUCCGCAAGGACGGGCUGUUUGACAACCUCAAACCCGGUUUUGCUGUUGGCUGUAGGAGGACGACACCGGGCGUCAAUUUCAUGGAGGCCCUCAACAAAGACAAUGUCGACGUGCAUUUCACUGCCGUGACCAAGAUCACCGAGGACGGGAUCGUCGGCGCCGACGGAUCGGUCGUGACGGGACUCGACACGAUCGUCUUCGCCACGGGCUUCGACACGACCUACGUGCCACGCUUCAAGAUCGUCGGUCGCAACGGGGUGACGCUGCAGCAAAAGUUCACGCCGAACCCGGACUCGUAUCUCGGUGUCGCCAUUCCAGGUACGUCGUCCCCAGUGCUCUUUGGCCCGUCCUUCCCCGUCCUGGCCGGCUCCGUCACCGCCUCCCUCACCGCCGUGACCGACCUCGCCAUCGCCAUGGUGAAGAAGAUCCAGGCCGAGAACCUCCGAUCCAUCAGCCCGCGCCAGGACGUCGUCGACCAGUUCGCCGAGCACACGCAGACGAUGCUGCACGGGACCGUGUGGGAAGACGACUGUAACUCGUGGUACACGCGACGCGACGGACGCAUCACCGCCGUCUGGCCAGGUUCUGCGCUCCAUUUCCAGGACGUGGUCCGCCACCCACGAUGGGAGGACUAUGAUAUUACUUACAUGAACAAGCUCAACAUGUGGGAAUUCCUCGGCCGCGGAUUCACCAUGACCGAGCGAGACCCGGACGCAGACCUCGCGCCGUACAUGACUCUCGACGCCCUCGACAAGGACUUUUACGACACCGACAAGACGCCCCUGCUGGAAGGCCCCGCGCCGACCAUGGCCCAGGCGCGCGCAAAGUCGCUCGAGCAUCCCGUCGAUCCCGUCACGGUUAACGGGGUGACGGUUCCGGUGCCGGAGGUGCAGAAUGGUGGACACUAG